AUGUCCCCAGUUUCGGAACUCAGCGCUUCCUCCGCAGAUUCUGUUCUUCAGAGCUUACGGGAGACGCUGCACAGAACUCAAAUCAGUGCAGCAGAUCUUCUCCGGCCUUUCGGAGCAGACAAGGUAAGCGACUCUGUCAGUGAAGCUGACUUCCGGGCUGGCCUGGUAAAGCUCGGCUUCCAGCUGAGCAAUGAGCAGUUCCUGGCUGUGUACGAAAAGGUUGACAAGGAUGCGGCUGGUAAUGUCUUGCUUUCAAAUCUGGAGCGAAGAUUGACCCGCACCGGAACCAAACAGCGGCACAGAAGCAAGCAGAGCGCGACUGCAGAAGAGCGCAUGGCCCCUCACCUCCCAAGCUUGGGAAGCUUGGGAACUCCUGCCGAGGUCUCGUCUGCCAACACCUCCAAGCUGUCCACGCCUGACUGGUUGGCAGGUAACGACAGACACGGGGCAGUGACUGCCCGUGAAAGACGCAUGGCGAGCAACCGCCGCAAGCCGGCAGAGUUGUCUCCCUUGUCAGACAGUGACUUCGUGCUGGUAAAAAUCCAGGGCAUGCUGAAUCGCAGGAAGGUCCGAUCCAUGGAUGUCUUCAAGUUCCUGGAUCUUGGUGGGGAUGGGUCAGUGUCCAGAGAGGAACUCUGCAACGGUUUAGAGAGACUCGGCGUGGGAAAGCUGUCAGAAUCCGAGCGGCGUGACCUAUUUUCGACGCUUGAUAUAGAUGGCAGUGGCAGCAUCAGCCUGGCAGAGCUGAAGAAGUCGCUCAAGCAAGCAGAGAGGAAGGCUCGCAGCCAGGGAAAAGAGGAGCUCAUCGACACCUGGAAAGUACCCGCAGAGCUGCAAAUGGAUGUUUCCACAAGUACUACAACAGACUGGUCAAAGCGUACGCUGAAGUUUGACGGCGAGUUCAUUGCUGACGAAGGCGGGGCCCGCGGGGCCUCAAAAUGCUUAACAAGCAGAGACAUUUCUCAGUCACGCGACCUUGACAUUUCGAAAUCUUUAGACUGUGAGCUGGCCCCCGUGGACUUGGAGGGUGCCAAUGAGACAGGCUCUCCUAAAAGAUUUUUGAAUGCCUCCAGCAGCUCCUGGUUACAGGCAUCUGCAGGGCCGCUGAGAGCAGCCCUUGCAGCUCCUUUGGGCUGUGGCAACUUACAUGACAAUUACAUCUUGAGGCAGCGGCUUGUCAGCAACACCUGGGCGUCACGCCCGCCGAGCCUAGAGACGGAGAGGCUGCCGCUGUACAAACACGGCCAGUUUCGGCGAGCAAUUGCCGAGACUCGAUGGGGUGCAGAAGUUGUUGGCCUUCCAGAUGAGCGAAUGCGUAUCACUCGUGAUGGGUGCUUGACGGCAAGCCGGCCGCGGGGCCAACUUCUAAUGGAUCGCGGCAGGGAGAAAUUCCACGCCCCACUGCUACAAUCCGUGGUGGACUCUGUUGUGUUUGGUCGUGACCUGGACUUCUCUGGCAGCCAGGAUUACGAUGAUGCUUUCAAGGUGAAGUUUCGAGGAGCAUACGGGAAGCCGUCAUGGUUUGCAGAGGAACGUGAAAAAAUGGGACCGAACAACCUCGCUCCGACCACAAGGCAAAGCAUACAACCUGUCUGA